AUGGACACCGCUCAAUGGCCCCAGGUAAAUUUAACCCCACGCGCCUGCUAGGCGUCUGGUUCUUGCUGUGACCUUCCUCCUUCCCCCGUCUCUUUCCUUGUUUUUUCUGUUUUUGAUGAAUGGAGGGUCAUGCUCCUCCCUCCCUCCCUCCCUCCCUCUCUCUCUCUCUCUCUCUCUCCCCCCCUCGCUCUUUGUUUUCUCUCUCAUCUCUCGUUCUUUGAACCUUGCUUCGUGUUUUGGAUGCUAUUUGGUGAUGUGUGUUGAUGAAUUUGAUGCUGAUUAUACAGACGUAGAUCUCCAAACCCUCCCAGUAUUCUCCUUCUUCAAUCCCUUUUAACCUUGAAAACAUCCCAACCUUUUCGCUUUUUUUCCUCCUUUCUCUCCUGCUUUUGCCGUGGUGGCGGCCAUGGUUCGUUGCAAUCUCUCCCAAAGCGAUAUCGCCCUUCAUAAACUUUUAUCUCCUCUCUCUCUCUCUCUCUCUCUCUCUCGCUCUUCCUCCCCUCUGCCUUUUGGUUUGUGGUAGUGUUCUUGAGAGCAUAUAGAAGCCGCAUUCACCCUCGUUCAGGGUCUCCUAUAAUCAUCGAGAGCCUGUGAUCCCCUUCACAGAUACACCCCUCCCCCCUUCCCUCUUCUCUCUUCUAUCUCUCUCUUCUUUAUUCUGGAGUGCAUAAAGAAGACACCUCGAGCUUUCUUCCGGUCUCGUCUGACGAUCUUCGGGGUGUGACAUGGGGCUAUGUUUUACAGGACAUGGGCCUGACGAAGUCCUCCAUGGAGGGGAUGAUGGUGCCCUCGGGAUGCACCACAGCAAGGCCUCAGCUGAUGGAGAGGAGACCGAGGCCGCCGAGGGAGCACGCUUUGAACUGCCCCCGCUGCCAGUCGACCAACACCAAGUUCUGCUAUUACAACAACUACAGCCUUUCCCAGCCCAGGUACUUCUGCAAGACCUGCAGGAGGUACUGGACCGAGGGGGGCUCCCUCAGGAACGUCCCCGUUGGCGGGGGCUCCAGGAAGAACAAGAGAUCUUCCAAUUCCUCCUCCUCCGCCACUAUCACCCCCCCUUCCUCCACCGGCAGCACCCUCGCGUCGACUUCAGCCACAUCGGCGAAGAGGGCACUGGAUCACCCCCAUCCUUCUCCUCCGCCCCCUCUACCCAUCGCGUCCUCGACUCAGACCUCCAGAUUUCACCAAGGACAGGAUCUUAACCUAACCUUCCAGCAAACUCACAGGACCGGGGAUUUCUGCUCCACGGUCAGCCCUAACCCGUUGACUUGCUCUUCCGCCGCCAGCAGCGGCGCUCAGUCGGCCAUGGAUCUUCUCCGGGGCGGGGUCUCUUGUAAGGGGAUGAGCCCCUUCUUGCCGCUGAUGAUGGCGCCCGAUGGCGGUGCAGUUUACUCAGCCGGCUUCGGCCUGCAGGACUUCCGAUCGAGCUCCAUUAAUUUCCCCCUGGAUGGGAUCGCCGGAGAUGGUGUGUAUGGUAACGUGCAGGACGGCAGUGGGAGGGUGUUCUUCCCCUUCGAGGACCUGAGGAGGCACGUUUCCUCAGGUGAUGCUGACGUGGACCAAAGUAGGGGACAGGGAGGUGACCCCUCUGUGUUCUGGAAUGGGGUCAUUGGCGGUGGUGGUGGGGCUUCAUGGUAG